AUGACUACAGAACUAAACCCUGGAGAUUACUUUGGUGACGCUUCGAAACAAAACCAACAAGGUGAUGAACGAAAUUGGUUGAUUAAUGAGAUUAUAAAGCCUGAAUUGCCCAACAUCAUAGAUAAUGUGGAUAAAUGCUUGGAAUUGUUGACCAGCGAUGAACACUUUAAGAUGCCAAUCAGUUCUGGACUACCGAACGAGCCUAACGCCGCUUAUGUGCGAGGAAUUUUGACCAGGAAACGUGGAUUUAUUACAGACUAUCAGCUCAUCGUCAAGUUCAAACACUUUAAUCGUGGGAAACAAUGCGCUUUCAAGAUGGACACCAAUAAACCGUAUCCAUUGAAACAGAUCGAUACGAUGACGGACAAUUUGACAACGGUGUCAGAGCUUUUGGACGUAUUACAGCAAUGCGAAGAUGCGGGCCAAUUCGAGACUGACUUGGUAAAAGUAUUGGACCUGCUAUCUAAAUCUAUCAAUCUGCUGCAUUUCCCACCGCAAAGCCUACUGUUCCCGUACAACGAGAACGCAUUGCUCAAACAAAUGUUCACAAACAGCGAAGCAUCAUUUCAAACAGCUCAUCAUAUCCUGAACAUUGACUUGGUCAUCUUACGCAACGAAAUAAGCAUGGACUUCCGCAAUUUGCAAAAGAUAACCACCAGACCAUGGUGCGAUUUUGACACGGCAACGGGCAAAACUUUUACGGACAGAAUUCGCGACAAACUGAAGGCUCAGCGUGGCAAAAAAGUGAGCGACGUUCUGCACGAGGAAGGCUUGGAAAUUGAGGAACCUUCGCUGUUGAGAAACGUCUUCCCACACAAGAAUGCACACAUGGCAACGACUCUGGACGAAGCGCAAAACGUGCUGGCACGCUGCGUGACGUUCGAGUCAGGACUGGUUUCUGAGUGCGAAAAAGUGUCUGUAGCAACAAGCGAUCCAAGCUUGAUUAGCAUCACGUCUAAACUUGGCGCAUUGGAAAAUUGUGUUAGUAACUAUUAUACCAAUCUUACACUGAUAUGA